AUGACAAGGGAAGGGAAGAUAGAUAUCAAGCAUAAGAGCGAGCAGCAAGAACAUCACAAGGAGCAAGAGAAGAUUGACCUGAGCCGAAGCCGCCGUCAAGAGUCACAGGGCAGCUGUGAAAGAUCAAGAGACUGUAAGAACCCGGGCGAGAAUCAGCCACACAGGUCAUGUACCAGUCUUGAGCUCAAUGUGUGGCCUCGUGCAAAGACGAUCUGUCCUCCAGCACCAUACAAUGACUUGAUCAACUGCACCAGGCCGAAUACGUGGGUACAUGUACCACGCGUAUGCCUCGAACUGCUUAAGCCUCAACAGAAUGUGUUCCACGCUCUUACGAUCUUUCGCCCAGAGAACCAGUCAAACAAGUUGAAGUCGAAAAGAAGGUAG